AUGAAUGUAAGAGUCUCAGCGGUCAUGAACCAGGGUUUGAUCAGUGAGGUAACUGAUGAAGAGAUCAGAAGGGCAGUGUUCAGCAUCAAAGCCUCAAGCGCUCCGGGUCCAGAUGGCAUGUCAGGUCUCUUCUUUCAACAAUACUGGGAAGAGAUUGGUCCUAAAGUUUCUGUGGAGGUGAAAAAGUUCUUUGAAAUGAGUGUAAUGCCAGCAGAAUGGAAUUUUACUUAUUUGUGUCUUAUUCCCAAAGUGCAAAAUCCAGAAACUAUGACAGAUUUGAGACCGAUUAGCUUAUGCUCCGUUCUGUAUAAGAUUAUUUCGAAGAUAUUGAUGUCUCGCCUCCAACCAUUCCUCCCUGAGAUAAUUUCGGUUAAUCAAUCAGCUUUCGUGGCGGAGAGAUUAAUUACGGAUAACAUUGCUAUUGCGCAUGAGGCAAUGCAUGUUUUGCGUGUUAAUCCGAGCAUCAUGAACGAGAAUAUGGUGGUGAAAACGGACAUGUCAAAGGCGUAUGACAAAGUGGAGUGGAGCUAUCUUAGGAGCCUGAUGGAAGCUCUUGGCUUUGAUCCAAUAUGGGUGAAGCUGGUGAUGGCAUGUGUGACGUCGGUAUCUUUUGCAGUGCUGGUGAACGACAGACCCUACGGAUUGAUUAGACCAGAACGAGGCCUGCGCCAGGGAGAUCCGCUCUCGCCGUUCCUCUUUGUGCUUUGCACAGAAGGCCUCACUCACUUACUAAAUAGAGCAGAAAGAUUAAGCCUAAUUAAUGGGCUGAGGUUUGAUGAUUUGGGUCCUUCGGUGCAUCACCUAUUAUUUGCCGACGACAGCCUCUUUCUGUGUAAGGCAAAUGAGGAUCAGGCGCAGAACCUGCAACAGGUGCUUGAGAUCUAUAGUAGAGCCACGGGGCAGACUAUAAACUUACAGAAAUCGGCCAUUUCCUUUGGGUCUCAGAUUGCUCCGGAUCAGAAAAUGGUGAUACAGGGGGUGCUUGGAAUCCAUAAUGAGGGAGGCUCUAGCAAAUAUCUCGGGUUGCCAGAAUGCUUUAGUGGCUCCAAGAUUGAGUUGUUGAGCUAUCUAAAAGAGCGAGUGCAUGGGAGACUAAGUAUUUGGUACCUAAGGAAGCUUUCCCAAGGGGGUAAAGAGAUUUUACUCAAAACAACCGCUUCGGCUCUGCCUGUCUACCCGAUGUCGGUUUUCAGAUUGCCUAAAACAAUUUGUUCCAAUAUAGCUAGUGCAAUGGCCAAUUAUUGGUGGGGAGCUGAUGAGCAUCUGCGGAAAAUACAUUGGCUAUCUUGGGAUAAAUUGUGCCUUCCAAAGGAGAUUGGAGGGAUGGGAUUCAGAGACUUGGAAGUUUUUAAUCAAGCGUUGCUGGCUAAACAGGCGUGGAAGGUUCUCGUUUAUCCUCACUGCCUUCUCGCCCAAGUCCUUAAAAGCAGAUAUUUUCCAAAUUCCAAUUUUUUGGAAGCAAAGUUGGGUGAGAGACCUUCUUAUGCUUGGAGAAGUCUCUUAUUUGGUCGUGAACUUCUACUGAAAGGACUGCAAAAACGUGUGGGAGAUGGAAACUCAAUCAAUGUGUGGACCAGUAGAUGGAUGGAGGAUGAGACAGAUGGAUAUGGGUUGCGAGCCCCAAGGAUUAAAAGCUGCAUUUUCGACGUCAACCUAAAAGUCAGGGACUUGAUUGACUUCCCAAAUAGAUGCUGGAACAGACAGGCCUUGGAGGAAGUAUUUGUCCCUUCUGAUAUCCGAAUCCUCAUGAAGAACCAACCUGUCACGACAAAGGAGGAUUAUUGGGUAUGGAAAUUUAACAAAUCAGGGGCUUACUCGGUCAAGUCCGGCUAUUGGUUAGCGGCUCGAGCAAAACACAAGGAGGCUCUUAUACUGGCUGAGGCCCUGCCAUCGCUCAAUCCCCUUAAGGCUCAAAUCUGGAAAGUGCAAACUGUCCCUAAGAUCAGAACCUUUUUGUGGAAAGCACUAUCACAAGUUCUUCCCGUGGCUGCCCUGUUAAAUGAAAGAGGGAUGAAGUGUGAUGAAAGGUGUCAGUUAUGUGGGUAUGAGGGGGAGUCGGUUAAUCAUAUCCUCUUCAUGUGCCAUAUGGCCAGGAAAUGUUGGGCUCUCUCUAACAUACCAUCGCCCAGGGGUGGUUUUAGUGACCAUUCUCUUUAUCAAAAUAUUGCGUUUCUUUUGAAAGCAAGUAAGAAUGCAAAUUUUGAUGUUGGUUUCACUAGGAAUUGGCUUUGGAUUCUCUGGUAUCUGUGGAAAAACAGAAAUACUUUCAUUUUUGAAAGUAAAUGCUAUGAGGCAGAAGAUAUAAUCCAAAAGGCAAAGGAAAAGACAGAGGCUUGGUUUUUGGCGCAACAAGUUCAGAGUGGAAUGGAAGUGAUGGAGAAUAAUGUGUCAAAACCUUCUGUCAUCGAGAGAGUGGGAGGUGUGAAACCGGGAUGGGUCUCAUGUGAGUUUGACAUGGAGUGGGUUAACGAGGAGGAGGAUAUGGGUGCUGCGUGGAUUGUUAAAAACGAAACAGGGAAGGUCUUACUACACAGCAGGAGGGCCUUUGUUGGAAUCAAAACAAGGGGCGAGGCAAAGCUUCAGGUUUGGCUGUGGGUCCUAGAGAGCAUGAAAAGCCUGAAAAAGAAAAAGGUUAUCUUUGUUUCAGCAUUUGGUGAUCUUGUUCAGGCAGUUCAUAAGCUUGUUAUGUGGCCUGCCCUACAAUUUGAAGUCUCAGAAAUUGGUAGGGAGCUGGAAGAAUAUGAGGCGUCGGAAUUAAGGCUUGGUUCUUUUGAGGAGCUCAGAUGUGCUUCUUUCAUCGUGCAGAGUGUUAGGCGUCUGGGUUUUCACCAAUCGUAUGUGGCGUUGGGUCACCCGAGAUGGCUGGAUCACAUGUAUGUGACUGAAAGAGUGUCAUCUGAUAGCUAG